AUGAUAAAAUUCGAUAAAACAUUUCGCAUUUCCGACACACCUCAUUUGAACACUUGCUAUACCUUGUGCGACAACGACAAACAAUGUAAAAUUGUUGCUUUUGGACUCGAUGAAAAUCGGGGGAAUGGAACGUGUAUGCUGUCAUCGUUCGAAGCAGACGCGAAAGAUUUGACACUUUUUGAGCCGAGAUUUAAUUUGUAUGCACGAAAGCGCGAUUGUCAUGCGAUACCGCAGCCAGGUCUCGGAAGCACGCCAUUUGAGACUGCAGGGACAUCAUGGACGUCUGUAACGACUGCCGUCAAUGAUAAAACUCAGUUUACCACAUCUGGCGAAUUUCCGACAACGUCUCCGGGUACCGGGCCUCACUCUCCAGGACCAACCCAGUCGUAUCCGAGCAGUUCUUCGACGACAGACAAUGAAUAUUACGGCGGAAAUACGCAAACGCAAGGCCAAUCGGGGCAACCUUCCACUACAAGUCGUUACGGAUCGAGUUCAAUUGACACAAAUCGUUACAGCACCACUGAACGAUAUCCCGCCGGUGGUUCAAGUCGUCCCGCAUACGGAAGUAGCAAUCCGCCAUCGUCUUCAGGAUACGAAAACCAAGCUUCAAACAAACCUCCGACAGGUUAUGGGACCGGAUACAGUACAGGACAUGCUGAUGCUCGUCCCGGAUAUUACGGAGGCACGGGAACAGCUCACGGUUACGACGGAUAUCCAAAUAGGGCGCGUGAACCAAGCAGUAGCGGAUAUGGAGGACAUCCCAAUGAAAUCGGAGGAACGCAUUAUCCGCAUCCCUCGCAAUUCCCCACGUACCAAUAUCCAAUGUACUACGAGAAAAACUACCCGAUGCCCAAUUAUCCACAAAAUCCGGCUUCGUCGCCAACUGCUGGAAGUUACCCCUAUCAAAGACCGUAUCAACCAUCAAGUGGAUCGUCGUCGUCAUAUCCAAGCAAUCCCCCCUCAAAUUACCCGUCACAAGGGGGCGCUUCAGCUCCGAGUUAUCCAAGUUCAUCAGGAACAUCAUCAGGUUAUGGGUCGAAACCAUCCGCAGCUGAACCACACAAAAACGGCACAUCUUCGGGAUAUGCGAACACCAGCAGCAGCGGCAACGGGUACAACGUUCACGAGGCAGACCAGGAAAAGAAACUGUACUUACUGUGCGUUGUGAAGCCAUGUGGAAGUAGUUACGAUGAUUACAGGUCGUCGUCGCAUGAAAGUUCAAUUAUUAUCAUAGAAGAUGCGAAAACAUGUUUCCGUCGUGCUUUAGCAGGAAAAAAGGUUGCUGGUCAUUAUGUUCGUAAAACUCUCGUUUGUGAGCGCGUUGCUGAUUGUCAACAAGAAUGUGCGGAACAGCGUCAAUUCCGUUGCGAAGGCUUUAAUUAUCGUCUCGAUCCGACGGGACGUGGUCAAGGCACGUGUGAACUAAUUGAAGCUCCUCUCUCUCAAAUUGACUUGUACGGAAAUGGAGGAGCGAAUUUGAUGGUGCAUCCGGAUUACGAUUACUAUGAACGGGAUCGAAGUGCGUCGCCAGCAUGUUAUCAACCAUCGCAUUGCAUCGAUUGUGGCAGUAGAAGACCUUCGAGUACGACGAGUCGACCAAAUGAUAUUUAUCGUCCUUAUCCGGUGCCUGCACCUCCAUCGCCGCCAGCAAGUUAUCCACAAAGACCUCAACCAUAUCCAAGUAAUCCGCAGAAUUCAGCUCCAGGUUACCAACGUCCCGGAACAGCUGUUGAUGUGUAUCGUCCCCCAAGCUCCAACAUUUACGAACAUCGUCCUCCUUUGUAUCCCGAUCGCCCUCAACCGCAUUAUCCAAGCCAUCCAGCACCGCAUCACGAACCAGCUCGUCCUCAAUACGGCAAUAUCGAUCGUUUAGGAACCGAUGAGCCCGAAUAUUAUCGCCCAAAUCCUGCAAACAAGCCAAAAGAGCCCAUUUAUUACGGUUAUCCAGGUCCUGCUGAAGGUCAUGGACAAGAUCCAAUGAAAGCUGGAGGAUAUCCUGCUCCGCCGCCGCGUCAACCAUUUUAUCCAUAUUUGAUCGGAAAAGGACCCGAAUACGGAAUGUAUGGCGGCGGAUUUUCUCAUGCGGGAUAUUAUCACAAAGGACCUAUCGAUUAUUGGGGAAUUGGCGGAAAUAAGCGUAAAGAUGGUCCAUAUAAUUAUAACAGUUUGGCAGGUCCUCAUGGCGCAAUGUAUGGCUUUGGAGGGCAAGGAAAUGGAUAUAGUUAUGGAGGAACGGCACCCGCUAAAGGACAUUAUAUGGGAUAUCCGGCAGCUCCUGCACCGAUUCAUACUGCCGGAGAGGGCGGUUAUUAUGGAGGCGGGGGACAUACAGCUGGCGGAGGACAUCCUGCUGGCGGAGGUUCACAAUGGUCACGACGACCAGGAGUUGAUGACUGCAGUGUCAAAUCCAGCGAAGGUUUCCGCUUGCACAAAGGAGUCGUCAAAACCAUCAUGAGUGUCCCCAAUGUUCGUGAAUGCGAAAAAAUGUGUGCUUCUGAGUCGGAAUUCAAGUGUCAAACGUACAGUUAUCGGUAUAAUCCAAUUGCACGAGACAAUUGUCUCCUCUGCGAUCGCCCAUUCACGCAUCUCGAUAUUUACGCUGACGUCGAACCGGAUCGCGAUUUUGACAUUUACUCCAUGUCGGACGAUCCAAAAGUUUGUAAACCCGAAAAUUAUCCCUCAAAAGAUAUAAAUGCUCAAUGUUUCUUUAGAAGCAUUGACUCAAGUCGCUUCUAUACUGGGGUCGUUAGGGAAUCAAUUACCGUUAAAUCGAUCGGGGAAUGCGAACUUCAAUGCCUCAAAACCACUAAAUUCACGUGUCGAGCAUUUACUUUUAGAUAUGGACCACAAGCAUUGAACUCCAUUCCCGAAAACUGUCAAUUGUCUGAUUGGCCGGUGCGGGAAAUGGAUCAAAAACGUCACAUGAUGCCAGAUCCAUCUUUUGAUAUUUAUGAGCGAGCCAGUUACGGGCAUGGAUGUGAAAUUCGACCAAUGACUGACGAUAAAGCCAAUAAAAAGUUGUGUUAUUUGGGAUAUGGAUCUCCAGCAAAACUCUUGUCAUCUUCGAUUAAAAAGGUUAUUUCAGUGCCCACGGAAUUGGAUUGCAAAAAUGAGUGUGCGAGAUUCCGCGAUACAACGUCCUUUAAGUGUCUUUCCUUCAGUUAUGGUUCGAAAGCAACGACAUUCAACUGUGAAUUAUCAGAUUUGGACCAAAGUGAGCUGAAACUUGGAAUUAAUUACGCCCACGUGAACGAUCGCGAUUACUGGCUUUUCGCAUGGAAUCCGUACGAUUAUUCGUGUCGCGAUAAAGUUGCCACGCCAAAUAACAAUCGCGUCAACAGCGAUCGACGAAUAGAUGUCUUCAAAGAUCCCGGAGAACUCUCGUGGAUGCAUUUUACAGUAACCGGCAAACCAUGCCGUCUUGGAUCAAAAUGUGAGAAAAAUUUAAUUUCCGGAUUUUAUUCUUGCGAAAUUGAAGGAGGAGAGAUCGGUUCGUGGGAUUAUUGUUGUCGGACUGAUCAUCCAUGUGGAUAUAGCCAAGGAUUUGACUAUCCAUGGUGUUUCGUUGGCGAUAGUCCCGAUCAGUGGCGCAAAUGUAGCGAUCGUUACUUCCCAACUACCGUUAAGCCAGCACCGCAUCUUCUUAACUCACUGCCAUCAAGUAAGCACCAAGCACCGCCGAAGCCCGGAGGUUUUCUGCAUCAGGCGAAGGAAAUUAUCAAGGAAAUGCCAAAAUUGUGGCCCGUCACGUACUUUUACAGCGAAGGCCCGCCCGUCAAUUCCACGGAAAUGAGUAAUUUUAUCGAUUGCAAGCAAGAUAUUUGUUAA